AUGCCUAAUGGAAGUUUACACAGCAGCAAAAGUGGCCUUCUAGACUGGCCUAUGAGAUAUAAGAUAGCCAUGGAUGCAGUUGAGCGACUCUCUUACUUGCAUCAUGACUGUGCUCCACCCAAAGAUGUUAAGUCAAACAUCAUCUUGCUGGAUGGUGAGUUUGCUGACUUCGGUGUUGCAAACGCGAUUGAUGCUAAUGCGUCCAUGUCUGUUAUUGCAGGGUCUUGUGGUUACAUUGCUCCAGUUUUUGAUAGCACGGCUCAUCGUGUUGUUGGGGGUUUGCCACCACCUAUGCUAACAAGUGGUAGUUCACAAGGGAAUGAACAUCAUCAUCAGUUUGUGUCACCUAGAGUCUCAAGUAGUCAAUCAACCAUGGCAAUGUCAUCACUGAUCCCCUCAGAGCCAAGUAGUGAAUGGGCAGCUGAUAGCAGUAGAAUGACGAUGCACAAUAGAAGUGUUUCAGAGCCUGACAUUGGGAGAACUCCAAGACAGGUUGACUCAUCAAAGGACGCAAGCUUAAGUAACACAGGAAGCAAUGCAUCAGGAGCUGGAGGGAUAUCACGCUUUCGUCGCUUUGGCUUUGGCUCCCAGCUUCUCCAGAAAACUGUUGGAUUAGUACUCAAACCCCGUCAAGGCCGUCAGGCAAAAUUGGGUGAUUCGAAUAAAUUUUAUUAUGAUGAAAAACUUAAAAGAUGGGUAGAGGAAGGCGCUGAACUUCCUGCUGUAGAACCACCCCUUGUACCUCCACCAACCGCUCCUGCUUUCCAGAAUGGAGCGCCCGAUUAUAAUGUGAAAAGUGUAUUGAAAAGUGAAAGUCCUAUAUGCAACAAUGAAUUUCUGGAAAUGAAGAGUCCAACUUCUUCUGAUAAUGGUGCUGGAAUUCCACCUACCUCCAGGCUCCAACCAAUUCUCUGCUCGUGGUCGUAUGAGUGUUCGUUCAAGGCAAGAGGGUCUAUCAGAAGCAGCGUCUCUACCUCCAAGGUAGGAGAAAGUACACUCUACCUUCCCCAGAUCCCACUUUGUGGGAUUACACAGGGCUCGUUUAACAACGUAAGAAAUAAUCCAUCACUGAAAGUGAUGCAGAAGCAAUGGUUUCAAACCUACUUUAGUACUUCAUCUGAUCAUGUAUGUUGA